AUGGAUAUGGGAAGAAGAAGGCCAAGAAAAUACCCACAAUAUAUCAACCACAAAGGUCACAGAGAGGGAGGGAAGAAACGGCCGAGAGAGAGGGAAGCUCACAAAGAGGGUUUUUUCACUCUAAAUGGAGGCCAAGAGGUUGAGAGGAAUAUAUGCCAAGAGUAUUGUCCAAACAAGGUGGUGAAAGAUAAUGAGAUUGAAAAUAAAGUAGGAAGGAUUCUUAAGCUGAUCAAAAGUGUUAAUCAAGGGAAUAGAGAGAAUAAGAUGAAGAAAAAGUCAGAACUUUUCCAACACAUUGAGGAUUUCCACAGAAAGUACCUAUCCCUCUACUCUCUUUAUGAAGAUUUAAGAGGAGAAGUGAGAAAAAAGCUAAACAGCAAUGAUGAUGACAGUUCUUCUACUUCCACCUCAGAUUCCGAAUCUGACGAUUCUCCAAAUGAUUCGAAACGUAAUAUUAUUACAAGUGAAGAUUUAGAAGAUGUUGUUUUGAAGGAUAAGCUAACUUCAACAGUUAAAACUAUAGACUUGGAUUCACAUUCAACUUUAGAAUUAUCGAGGGAUGAAUCCCGUGAUAAUCUUAAGGACCUCAAGGUUCAAGAUGAGCAUACGGAAUAUGUAAAGCAAAGAGCGAUGGAUGAUUCUAUCUUGUUAAAGGAGAAAUUGUUUGAAAGAGUGGAAUAUCCAGUGGAUGAAGGCAAAAAAUUUGUUCAGAGGAAGGAUGACUUUGAGGGUCAGGCCUCGAGCUUGAAUCCUGAGAUUGAAGCCCUUUUCACAGAGAAAAGAGAAAUGGAAGAAAGGAUUGACUGCACAUUGAAUGAAGCUGAAGAACUGAAAACAAAGAAUUCAGAACUGAAAGCUCAGAUUUUGGAACUUGAAGAGAAAUGUAGACAAAAAGAUGAUCAUUUUUCUGUUCUUAUGAAAAAUUCUGAGGAAAAUGAGCAACACUAUAAAUCUAGAAUUGAAGGCCUCAUGGAACAAGGGAAUUCUUUUGAACUCGAAAUGAAUAUUUUGCACACUCAGAAAGGUAAAUUGGAACAACAGGUCCAAGAAGGAUCUUCUCGAGUUGAGGACUUGAUGAAGCAAGUUAAUUUUCUGCAGCAGGAACUGGAGACUAUGAGAUACCAGAAAGCACAAUUAGAGUUUGAACUCGAAAAGAAAUCAAAAGAAGCAUCGAAUUACGUUAAUCAGAUCAAGAUUUUGAACGAAAAAUUGACAACACUGCAGGGGACGACGGAGGAGAAAGAAGGCCUAAAACUGCAGCUACAAGAUUUAGAACUUGAGGUUAAGUCUUUAAACACAAAGAAAAAUGACUUGGAAGAGAAGAUAGUACGAAUAAAUGACGAAGCUUAUCAGUCGAGGGUCGAAAAAGAGGAACUGCAGAAAAAAUUCUCUGGAUUGGAAAGAUCUCUUUUGAAGAUGGAAAAUGAAGUUAUCAAGCUUGAGAACGAUUUGGAUGCAUUACGAAGUGAGAAGAACAGAUUAGAGCUCGAUCUUGAGACGGAGGAACAAAAUUCUGGGAUUUGUAUAUCGAAUAUGGAAAAGAAAAACAUUGAAUUAACUGACAAGUUGGACGAAAUUAGGGAAGAACACAAACAACAGUCGAAAUCAAGCUUUCAAAUGGCAGAAAGAAAGAUAGAAGAAAUGGCAGAAGAAUUCCGAAAACAGUUUGAAGACAAUCUCCGUAUUAUGAGCCGGAGAAUACGAGUUGCAGAACAGUUACACGCAGAGAACAAGGAUUGUUACUUGAAGACGAAGGAAAUUUAUGAGCAAGAAAACAAAGAACUUGAAGAAAGAUAUGGAAAAGCUGAGGUUGGACUUAAGAAUAUUAUUGAAUUAUCAUUAACAGUAAAAGAUAUGCUGAAUUCAUUAGACACAGUGGGAUUAAAGUUUGAGGAAUGCACUGCUAAUUUCUUGAAUAGAAUCUCAAAAGUUUCUUGUGAAUUGAAAUUCACAAAGGAUUGGGUGAGGAGGAAGAACAAGGCAGCAAUGCAUUUGAAAGAUGAUUUAAAUUGUUUACUUAGUCAAAUGGAUGAAAAAGAAGCAGAGAUAUUAGUAUUCAGAGAGAGAGUUUGGAAGUCAGAAAAUAAAGUUAGAGAAUUGGAGAAAAUGAACAAACAUAAUGAAGAUGGGAUGUUAGUAAUGCAGGAGGAGAAGAGGGAGGCAAUCAGGCAGCUUUGUGUAUGGAUCGACUAUCAUCGGAGUCGAUCCGAUUAUUACAAGAAAUUACUAACAGAGGUAACUCCGGAAAGAUAUGGAAAAGCUGAGGUUGGACUUAAGAAUAUUAUUGAAUUAUCAUUAACAGUAAAAGAUAUGCUGAAUUCAUUAGACACAGUGGGAUUAAAGUUUGAGGAAUGCACUGCUAAUUUCUUGAAUAGAAUCUCAAAAGUUUCUUGUGAAUUGAAAUUCACAAAGGAUUGGGUGAGGAGGAAGAACAAGGCAGCAAUGCAUUUGAAAGAUGAUUUAAAUUGUUUACUUAGUCAAAUGGAUGAAAAAGAAGCAGAGAUAUUAGUAUUCAGAGAGAGAGUUUGGAAGUCAGAAAAUAAAGUUAGAGAAUUGGAGAAAAUGAACAAACAUAAUGAAGAUGGGAUGUUAGUAAUGCAGGAGGAGAAGAGGGAGGCAAUCAGGCAGCUUUGUGUAUGGAUCGACUAUCAUCGGAGUCGAUCCGAUUAUUACAAGAAAUUACUAACAGAGGUAACUCCGGGUUACCGAAGAACGUCUUAAAACUUCUGUUUCAGUAGUAUGACGUCGAAGUCUAUGUCGAUGAGGAGCACUCAACCGGGCUCAAUAUAGAAAGGUUCUCAUUUUUUAAAUUUAUUUCCCCGGUGUCGGAGGUAAGGGAGUGGAGUUGUGCAUCCGUGCCCUUCGAUUGCUUGUCUAGAAGCUGUUUUGUUCGUGACCUCGUUUUUGUUAGGGAAAAUUGCA